CUCGGAACCUUCGAAGGGGGAAGACUUUAACCGGAGGACACUCGUUUAAUGAUGGCCGACGUACCAGAUGAUGCACCGCAGCACUGCCCGGGCACAGCGAGUGAGCAGGCAGGAAAGACGUCGUCAUGUGAUGGCUGUCCCAACCAGAAAGCGUGUGCUUCUGGAGCCACCAAGGCCCCCGACCCCGCCAUAGCAGAGAUUGGAGCGAAGAUGGCGACGGUCAAACACAUUAUUCUCGUGCUGUCUGGAAAAGGAGGAGUGGGGAAGAGUACCUUCAGCGCUCACCUGGCUCACGCCCUGGCAAGUGACAACACAAAAGAGGUGGCCCUGCUGGAUGUAGAUAUCUGUGGUCCGUCCAUUCCUAGGAUCAUGGGCUUAGAGGGAGAACAGGUUCAUCAGAGUGGCUCAGGCUGGUCUCCUGUGUACGUGGAUGACAACCUGGCCGUCAUGUCUAUUGGCUUCCUGCUCAGCAGCCCUGACGAUGCUGUGAUCUGGAGAGGACCCAAGAAGAACGGGAUGAUCAAGCAGUUCUUGAGGGAUGUUGACUGGGGGGAGCUGGAUUACCUCAUCGUGGACACGCCCCCCGGCACCUCUGACGAACACCUGUCAAUCGUCCAGUACCUGAGCUCCACCCACAUCGAUGGAGCUGUGAUCAUCACCACACCACAGGAGGUAUCGUUGCAGGAUGUGCGGAAGGAAAUCCGGUUCUGUCAGAAAGUCAAGCUGCCAAUCAUCGGAGUGGUGGAGAACAUGAGUGGCUUCGUCUGCCCUUCGUGCAAGAACACAUCGCAGAUUUUCCCUCCCACCAGCGGGGGCGCAGAGAAAAUGUGUUUGGAUUUAGAUCUGCCGCUGUUAGGAAAAGUCCCUCUAGACCCGAGGAUAGCCCGAAGCUGCGAUGAGGGCAAGUCUUUCCUGAACGAAGUACCCGACUCUCCUGCUGCUAAGGUCUACCUGAAUAUCGUGCAGAGUAUCAAGGACUACUGUUCCAACCGUGUGACAGAGGAUCAGAGCAGCACCUGAAGCCACUCUGAUGGAGGCGGCCAUGUUGGACCACAUCACAGAGACCGAUCAAAUGAUGUGUGGUGGAAAUAAUUAACUACUGAAUCAAAAACACACAUAGGAAAGCUGGUGCAUGAUUCCCCAAAGCCAACAUUCUUAUAAGCCACUUUGGUGAGAUGCUCAGACCUUACAGUGCAGUUGUUUAUUCCGGAAAAUACAGUUUCUACAGAAAAAAGUUUAUUUGUGAGGAUUUAAUUGUAAUAUAAUAGUGAUUAGUUCCUCAUUGUAAUACAUGUGAUGUAAAUACAUAAUAACAGCAUUAUUAUGAUUGGUGGUCUUUGGGUACUAAUUUUAAACAUGGAUUCUUUCAUCUGAAAGCUAAAUUCACAUAAGCAUUGAAAACCAUGAUUUAUAAUUGAGAUAAGGACACUGUUAACAUUUAUCUUAAAAAUAUUGAAGCUUUUGAUAUUUCAUUGUCUUACAAAUCCCAUUUAAAAUGACCAAAACCCGCAAUGGGCAAUGCUGUCGGUCAAUAUCGUCAGCCUCUAGGACACUGAAGUUUUUUUGUUAACCUUUCUCAAACGGGAGUACAUUUUUACAUUUAUUAGGGACCAUUUAAAAAUCAAAGCACCUUUGUUUGAGAUGGUGAUUGUACUCAGGCACAGCAAUAUCUCUCCGAGUGCAGCAGUGGCCCAUUGUAGUUCUGCAGCCGAGAGGAAGCUAGAUGAGGCUUUGUAUACACAAGUUCAACUUUAUCAAUCAUUGUAUUGUUGUUUCAAGUCCUUACCAGGAAGUUGCAGACAAUAACAAAAUUAUAAAUUAUCAACAGACCUUGAAUUUCUUUUUUAAAGUAAGGUUCAUCCCAAGCUACUGAAUAUACAGUGAGUUUACAGUGUGCUCUAGUAAAGGAGGUGCUAAUUGAGGAAGUAAAAACAUUGGUCAUGUAGUAAAUCAAGCUGUAGCAUAAACAAUUUAUUUUAGAACAUGUUGUGGCUCCUACUGUUAUUAUUAACUAAGUCUUCUAAAUACAAAACAGAAUCCUCAGUAUAUCAUUUGAUUGUUGUCUGCACAGCAAGGGAAUAGAAAGUUUGAAUGUAUGAAUCACGGAGAACUACAUGGAUUACUUUGUUUAAGAUAUGUGCAUAUGAGGAUUGAAACUUGAAACUCACUAACGAGUCCGAGCCACUGACCAAAAUGUGCAUGAUCUGUACAAUGUUUUCAUACAUAAAAGUUGCAGGCCAAAUGUACUUCAAUGACCAGAUGUGAAGAUUCAAAUAAUUGUGGUGGGAGGCCAAGUCAUUACUGAUUUACAGCAAUAAAUCAAAUGUUUUGGGGAUUUACAGAAGAUUAAAGAAUAAAUCGUUUCUAAACUGU